GUAAAUACGAGGCUCUGAGUACGAUAACGUGGCAUCCCUGAGCGAGAGGUAAACAAACCAGGUAGUGGCGCAGGGAGGGGUCGGUCAGCUGGGCGGUCUUGGAAACUUAAUCACUAGGAGCCCAGCAUACAUAAGAUAGGAGCAGCACCAUGGCAUCAAAAAGGGAGAGACCACAGGACAUCAAGAAGCUCAUGCAGGAACAGAUGAAGAGCAAAGCCGUCACCAAACAGAUCGACUCGCCCCAUGCCAAAUACAACAGUCGUGGACAGCUGAUGUGCGUAGUGUGUGGCACAACCGUGAAGAGUGCAAUUAUAUGGCAAGCACACGUCAACAAGCGAUCCCACCAGGAGAACCUUACAGCCUUAAAGAAAAAACAGCAGCAGCUUAAUGCUCCACACUUAAGCAGCGGCAGCAGCAAAAAAGAAGAUUCGUUCAAGAGACCCGCCUCACCCGGCUCAGAGUCGCAAAGGAAAAAAAAAGCACCAUUAAAACCCAAAGGGAUUCUUAAGAAUGUGGCUAGUACUUACUCCUCUUCUUCGGAAAGUGAAGACGAAGAUCCACAAGAGCAGAUGCCUCCGCCACAACAACCACCACCAUCAGCAGCACCUCAAAUUAAGUCAGAAAAUGGGCACACAGAAGUAAACGGUGUUCCUGAAGGGUUCUUUGACUCAGACGUGGUGUCAUCCAAGCCUCAGGAGGCGGAGUCACUCUACAGCGAGAAGCCACCAAAGCCUAAGCAUCCUCCAAAGCCCAACACAUCUGAAGCCUUACCUGAGGGCUUCUUUGAUGACCCAGUGGCAGAUGCCAAAGCACGCAAUGUUGAAUACAAGGACAAAGAUGCCGAGGAGUGGAUGUCCUUCAUGCGGGAGGUCUCGGCAGCAGAGCAGGAGAGCAGAACCAUCAUUGAAGAAGACAAGGAGGAGGCAGCGCUCGCCACACAGAUAGAACAAGCCAAUGAACAGAUUGCGUGUUUGGAAAAGGUUGUGGAGCUUGAUAAAAAGAAGACAACCCAACUUAAGGACAGAGGGAAUGUAAAAGCAGACUCAGACACCAGUGAAGACUCAAGUGAUGAAGAAUUUGCCCCAGUCAUAUGGAGGACCAAGAAUUCCCUCAUUUGAUUCCACAAGUGGCUUCUCUUGGAGAUGAAUACCAGCCCUCUGAUGGACUCCUGUUUAGCAAGAAACAAACAAGGAAACGAGGAAUUAAAUUAACUUUACUGGGAAUACAUUUAUGAUUGAUGAAGUUUGCCCACUAUGCUGUUCUGCAUGAAAAAGAUCAGUAACAGUGACUUCUUAAUCCAUAGAAAACAUGCUUCCUUCUCUCAGAAAGCCUGUCAUGUAAUACUAAAGUUAUAUAAAAGGAAUUUCUCCCCAUAGAAGAGAAUUGUAUCACAAUAUACAACCACAUAUAAGUAUAUAUGUAAAAUUGAAAAGCAGGACUUAAGCUUGGUCUGACAUGGGCCAUAAAAAUAUUAUUAAGUGUUGCUAAUAAUGUGUUUACAGAGCAUAAUGUAUAUUUUUACAUAAUAAAAAUUCAAGACAGUGAAUAUC